AUUAUUUUAGCACGCAAAUGCGGGAAUGAUAUAUUUGGAAAUCUGCAAAGUUAGUUGUCAUCUUGCUUUUUAGAGACCAAGCAUUCUUAGUACUUUGAAAAUGAGUGCAGUAGACGGAACUUUGAACUCAAAUGUGAAACCACCAGCUAAGCACUACAACAUCGGGAAGAGCAUGCCUAUGAAUAUGGUGCUUCCAGUUUGCUCUUCGGUUGGUGUUUCUGAAACAUCUGCAGGUCUGAAGUUUGUCCACAUAUCUUCAAAACGUUUGAAUGGGAAAUAUCUUCUGAUUCUCUUCAUGGACAACAAACUUACUAACCUUGAGAUCAACGAGUGGUUAGAUUUUAGCAAAAACAAACAGAAAUUUAGAGAUGAGGGAUGUGUUAUUCUUGGAGUCGCAACAGCUUCUCAUGUAGCUCUGAGAACUUGGAUGAUGAAUAGGAUGAAGGGUAUCACGUUCCCUGUUCUAGCAGAUAUAAGUGGAGAAAUUGCCAGAAUAUAUGGAGUUUUUAAUCAGAAAACCAAUGUGUCCUCACGAGCUGUCGCCAUUGUAUCUCCUGAUAAUAAGCUUGUCCAUCUUACAGUAAACAACGAGACAACAAUAUCAAAUCCAAACCAAAUGCUUUCUCUGUUCAGGAGGAUUCAAACAGCGGUUGAUCAGCCAACACUAUCCUCAUCCGUUACAACUGAGGCUUCUCCUGCAACAAGAGCGACCAGAGCUCCAACUCCUUUCCCUACUCAAGCUCCUGCUGAACCAGUAGCUCCAGCUCCUACUGAACCAGUAGCUCCAGCUCCUGCUGCUGCAGCGCCAGCAGCAUCUUCAGCUCCUACUACUGAACAGCCUCCAGCUGCAGCUCCAGGAGCCACAACUCCGACUCCAGCUCCUACUGCUGCAUUGCCUUCAGUUCCUGCAGUACCAACUCCAACUCCUGCUUCUAAUGAUGCUCCAUUAUCCUCUGCUACCCAAGGUUCUUCUACUACCAAAGGUUCUAGUUCUUCGCCAGGUUCUUCUGCUACUCCGGCUACUACCGCUACCUCUUCCACCCCAGCUAUGGUUACUAUUACAGAACAAGCUGUGGCAUCUGCAGCUGAUCCUUCUGGUAAACUACCAACUUCCAAAGAAGAAAGUCCUGAACCUGAGAUACCAGCACGUGUUCCAAGAACAGAGCUUAGCGAGGAUUUGAUAAGUUUAUGUUCCGCAACAACAGCAGGAACUGAUUUGGAUAUAAGUAUACUUCCUCCAGCCAGUGUUGAGAAUGCAAAUCCACCAGCUCCUGCAGCACCUUCUCCUAGAGCGGCAACCCCUGUAAUGAAACCUGUAAAGAAGAAGGCAAUUAGUGAGGAUAUGCUCAGUUUAUGUUCAGCAACUACAACUGGAACUGACCUGGGAAUCAGCUCAAAUCCUCCAGUACCAACUGAAAAGUUGCCUAAGGCUCCUUCUCCAGUUCCAUUAUCCAAGGCUCCUCCUCCAGCGCCAGUUUCUAAGGCUCCUUCUCCAGCUCCAGUAUCUAAGGCUCCUCCUCCAGCUCCAGUUUCUAAGGCUCCUUCCCCAGCUCCACUAUCUAAGGCUCCUCCUCCAGCUCAAGUUUCUAAGUCUUCUUCUCCAGCUCCAAAAUCAAAUCCAUCUGCGACCGCUCCUGUUUCUCAUUCCCUGGCGCCGGCCCCAGUAUCAACCCCUCCCGCUCCGGCUUCAGUAUCAACAACUCCAGCACCGGUAUCAGUCACUAAUCCUUCAGCUCCAGUUUCUAAACCCCCUGCACCGGCUCCAGUAUCUAAACCACCUGCACCGGCUCCAGUAUCUAAACCACCUGCAACAGCUCCAGUAUCUAAACCACCUGCACCAGCUCCAGUAUCUACACCCCCUGCACCGGUAGCACCAGUAUCAGAUCCCCCUGCUCUGGGUCCAGCAUCCUCUAGUGGAUUAGAUGAUGCUAACGAAGAAGCUAGAAAGAAGGAGAGAGAGUUAGCAAGAUCUGACCGAGCUGAUAUGAUUAGUAUGUGUUCUGCAACAACAAAUAUGUAAAAUUUAAGUAUCAUCACAUAGUUACUCUACUCUCGAUUAUAUUUACUUGAAACCCUUUUGGAUAAUUAGUAUAAUAAACAUAUAUAUAUAUUCCACUCAUC